AUGUUCACUGCUGUGGUUGGUAGGCCAAGGUACAAUGAAGAUGGUGAGUGUACCUUUGAUGGUAAGAUUGGGAUUUUCCCUUUUACCUAUCAAGAAGCUGCUAAGAGGUCUUCAAAAAAUAGGCCAAAGGGGACUAUGGUUACUAAAACUAUUGAAUCUGUGAAUCAGAGAGUCACAAAGCAAAUGUUAAUUGAACAAAUUAUUCCAGCAAUCAAAGCCAAAUGGCCACAAGAUGAUGGUAGACCAAAGACCAUUUUCAUCCAACAAGACAAUGCAAAAGCGCACAUUACGCAGGAGGACCCUGAAUGGCAGCAAGUUUAUCAACAAGAUGGGUUCACUUUCAUCCUACUUCAACAACCACCAAAUAGUCCAGAUCUAAAUAUCUUAGAUUUGGGUUUUUUCAGGUCUAUUCAGUCCCUAAUGCACAAAAAAAUGCCACAAGAUGUGGACAAGAUGUUGGAAGCUGUCCAUGAAGCAUACCAUGAACUUGAUCACAAAAAGCUUAGCAAUGUAUGGUACUCUCUACAAUUUGUGAUGAAUGAAAUUUUAAAGUGUGUGGGUGGGAAUGACUAUGAUAUAUCACAUGUGAACAAGAAAAGAAUACAAAGUGAGGGCAAGCUUGAAGACCAAGUGACUGCACCUAUGUGGGCAGUUAAUGAAGCAUGGGAGAAGGUAAUGAAUGGGGAAUCAAGUUCAAACAUCAAUUAG